GGGGCGGCGGGGCGGCCGGCGGUCCUGCGCGCUCGGCGGCGGCGUCUCCAUGGGGCUGGCCCGCGGCGCCCCAGCGCUCUGAGGUGGAUAGCAAAUUCGGUGUUCAUCAGACCAUCCCCCCUGCUGCACUGGGGCGCACGCAUCCUCAGCGGGAUUUGGAAUUCCGGAGAAUUGCCUUUGUGAGAAAUUGGCCACCAUUUCUUUAAGUUCCAUUUCUUUUUGUUACGUUUUGGAGGAACUUCAAGAAACCAUGAACAACUUCGGUAAUGCUGAAUUAGACUGCCAUUUCCUCGAUGAAGGCUUUACUGCCAAGGAUAUUCUGGACCAAAAAAUUAAUGAAGUUUCAUCUUCUGAUGAUAAGGAUGCCUUCUAUGUGGCCGACCUGGGAGACAUUCUAAAGAAACAUCUGAGAUGGUUAAAAGCUCUUCCUCGGGUCACCCCCUUUUAUGCAGUCAAAUGCAAUGAUAGCAGAACCAUAGUGAAGACCCUUGCUACCAUUGGGACGGGAUUUGACUGUGCCAGCAAGACUGAAAUACAAUUGGUACAAAGUCUUGGGGUGCCUCCGGAGAGGAUUAUCUAUGCAAAUCCUUGUAAACAAGUGUCUCAGAUUAAGUACGCUGCCAACAACGGAGUCCAGAUGAUGACUUUCGAUAGUGAAGUUGAACUGAUGAAGGUGGCCAGGGCACAUCCGAAGGCAAAGUUGGUUUUGCGGAUUGCCACCGAUGAUUCCAAAGCAGUCUGUCGCCUCAGUGUUAAAUUCGGUGCCACACUCAAAAUCAGCAGGCUUCUCUUGGAACGGGCGAGAGAGCUGAAUAUUGACAUCAUCGGUGUCAGCUUCCACGUGGGAAGUGGCUGCACCGAUCCUGAGACCUUCGUGCAAGCCAUCUCCGAUGCCCGCUGUGUCUUCGACAUGGGAGCUGAGGUUGGUUUCAACAUGUAUCUGCUUGAUAUCGGUGGUGGCUUUCCUGGAUCUGAGGAUGUGAAGCUUAAAUUUGAAGAGAUCACCAGUGUUAUCAACCCAGCCCUGGACAAGUACUUCCCGGCCGACUCGGGCGUGAGCAUCAUAGCCGAGCCCGGCAGAUACUACGUUGCAUCAGCCUUCACGCUCGCAGUUAACAUCAUUGCCAAAAAACUCGUAUUAAAGGAACAGACAGGCUCUGAUGAUGAAGAGGAGUCCAAUGAACAAACCUUUAUGUAUUACGUGAACGAUGGUGUGUACGGCUCAUUCAACUGCAUCCUCUACGAUCACGCGCACGUGAAGCCCCUCCUGCAGAAGAGACCCAAACCAGAUGAGAAGUACUACUCAACCAGCAUAUGGGGACCGACGUGCGACGGCCUGGACCGCAUUGUCGAGCGCUGCGACCUGCCCGAGAUGCACGUGGGCGAUUGGAUGGUGUUUGAGAACAUGGGCGCCUACACAGUCGCGGCUGCUUCUACUUUCAACGGGUUCCAGAGACCGACCAUCUACUACGUGAUGUCGGGGCCGACGUGGCAACUGAUGCAGCAGAUCCAGAGCCGCGACUUCCCGGCCGAGCUGGAGGAGCCGGACGCCAGCCCCCUGCCCGUGUCCUGCGCCCGGGAGAGCGGGCUGAAGCGCCCCCCGGCCACCUGUGCCUCCACCAGCGUUAACGUGUAGGUGCUGCUCCUGUAGCUGUUAGCUUCGAGUUGAGCUUGGAUUGGGGGAUCGGGGGGGACCGUUUAACUUAAUUCCUGCUAGUUUUGAGAUGUCUGUAAGUAGGGUCGGCACGGAUGCAACAGUGUGGAAGACGAGGAGAUGGGGUCACUUAUCUGUGUUCCUAUGGAAACUAUUUGAAUAUUUGUUUUAUAUGGAUUUUUAUUCAAUUUUCAAACAUGCUACUAAGGGGCGUCCCUCCGCUGCUGAGCAAGCGUUUGUAGCUUGUACUUUGGCAGAACGGGCCAAAAGCUUAGUGUUGUGACCUGUUUUAAAAAUAAAAUAUCUUGAAAUAA